AUGGAUGAGAGCAGAGGGCGACACCCCCUCCCUCCUCUCCCCUCCCCUCCGCGGCCCGGCCCGGCCCCCCCGCGGCGGGGCGGGCGGGCGGCUCCGAGCGCGCCUCCACUCCGCCGCGCCGAGCCAGCGAGCGAGCGGGGGCGGGCGGGCGGCAGCUCUCGCCGGGCGCCGGAGACCACGGGAGGCGGCGGGCGCAGGCCGGGGCCGCGGCGGGGCCCGCGAGUUGGCGGCGGCCCGAGCUCGCCGGAAAGUUGGUGCCGGCUGAGCCGGCGGCGCCCGCUCGCCAUGCAGAGACCCAGCGGCCAGGGGACCGCUUUCUCCAUCGACUCGCUCAUCGGGACGCCGCCGCCGCGCUCCGGGCACCUGCUUUACACCGGGUACCCGAUGUUCAUGCCGUACCGGCCGCUGGUGCUGCCGCAGGCGCUGUCCCACGCGCCCCUGCAGUCGGGGCUGCCGCCGCUGGCGCCGCUGGCCUCCUUCGCCGGCCGCCUCACCAACACCUUCUGCGCCAGCCUGGGCCAGGCCGUGCCCUCCAUGGUGGCGCUCACCACGGCCCUGCCCAGCUUCUCCGAGCCCCCCGACGGCUUCUACCCCCCGCAGGAGCUGCCCCCGCCGCGCGCCAACCCCGACGCCGGCUGCCGGCGGGGCGCCGAGGGCCUGGAGGCGGAGGAGCUGCCGCCGGGGCGCGACAAGGGGCCGCCCGAGCCGCCGCUGCACUUCCCAGACCCCUUCCCCGGCCUGGCAGACGGGAAGGCGUACAGCUCGGACGAGGAGAAGCUGGAGGUGAAGUCGGCGGCCACGCCGUGCAGCGAGCGGGAGGAGGAGAGCUCGGCGGGCGACAGCGAGGAGGAGCCUUUCCUGGACGGGGCAGCCGCCGCCGCGCUUGGCGCCAAGGGCAAGGGCAAGGGCGGCCCCGCCGCCGAGCCCGCCCCGCCGGGCUCCGGGGCCGGCAAGAGCCGCCGGCGGCGCACGGCCUUCACCAGCGAGCAGCUGCUGGAGCUGGAGAAGGAGUUUCACUGCAAGAAGUACCUGAGCCUGACGGAGCGCUCGCAGAUCGCGCACGCCCUGAAGCUGAGCGAGGUGCAGGUGAAGAUAUGGUUCCAGAACCGCCGCGCCAAGUGGAAACGCAUCAAGGCGGGCAACGUCAGCAACCGCUCGGGCGAGCCCGUCCGCAACCCCAAGAUCGUAGUGCCCAUCCCAGUGCACGUCAACCGCUUCGCCGUGCGCAGCCAGCAUCAGCAGAUCGAGCAGGGCGCCCGGCCCUGAGCGCUGUCUGGGCUCUCGGACACUGGGGCAGGCGGGUCGCCGGGGCGCCCGCUCACACUCUUCUGUACAUGUCCCUUAUUUAUUCCGUGUAAACUCUGU